UGCUGGUAGAUUUUUACUGAAUUUAGUUUCAACUUUCAGUGUUUUCAAUGUCAAUGUCAUUAGGACAUUAGAGAAAUGAAUUUGAACUCGGUUUUGAAAAGCUUGGAUUCUACUGGACAUUUUGGCCAUAUAAUCAGUGUGGAAGAAGGAAUGAUACUGCAUAAUUCACUCCUCAUACUUCAAAACGAAAAUCAUUUCAAACAGGUAUUCUUUUGGGGCAAGAUAUUAGGAUCUGAAAAUGAUUAUUACGUAGCUUACGGAUACACUAGAGAUAUUAUUUAUGGAAAAGUUUAUUAUUACAGUAGAAACUGUAUAGACUGGGGACUGCUUCCUCAACCAACCAAGAACGGUUCAAUACUCACUCCUUUGUGCACAACGAAGUUUCAAGGAGAUCCUUCCUUAGUGGUAGAUGUAUUGAUAGAAAAAGAUGAAACAUUGGUUCCUGGAAAGAGGAAACAACCACAACUGAGAAAAUUGAAAGAAGAAGAUCGCUUAGCGUGUACUGUUCAUCUAAUAAUCGAAGAAGUUGGGGUAGUACCAAGAGGCGCUCUAUUCAAAAGACCAGACGGAGUAAUUAUAGAGAACCUCAGCUUCGAAGGGAUUUCCCCUCUGGAGGCAAGAGAAAUUACAUCAUUUCUUCAUUUCCGACAACCAACUCGAAAGUAUAACACAAAUCUUUUGACAAGAGAUGAUUACAACUAUGCUAUGGACUUCUUGGAUCCGUUAGAUAUAGAUAUUCCUGAAGGUUGUUGGAUAAUCCACGUAACUUCGUCGGAAGAUAUGGUUAUUUUGAAGUCUAUUUAUUGGCCUGGUUUGAUGUUCUUUCACUAUUUGAAAACUAGUCAGCACGGGUUUGUUUAUUUUGGUCACGGUAAAAAAUGUUUGGACGCACCUUUUCUUCUCAAUCCUUUUAUGCAAUUGUAAUAUCUAAUAUAAUUAAAAAUGUGUUUCAUUAUUCAUUUCCAUGA